CUACGAUCUAUUCUAAUCUACAGGUUUCUCUUCUACAAGUUACAUCUAGAACCAGACUGAAAAAUGGGCGCAUUUACGACGCUGAUCGACGUCGUUCUCCUCCUCUUCUUCCUCGUGAUCGCGGUGGCGGCUCCGUUACUCGACGCGCAGACGUGUCUCCCAUCCAGCUACUUCCCAGAAGUCUUGAUCGAUUUGAAGAGUUGGUACAGCGAAGAAUACGGCGACUAUCUCAUGUCUGAGAAGCCACAUUUCUUCGUUGGCUUUAUUUGGCUCGAGCUCCUCUUUCAAUGGCCUCUUGCACUUUUUAAUUUAUACGGGAUUUUGGCUUCCAAGCCUUGGUUUAACACCACCUGCUUGAUCUAUGGCUCAUCUUUGUUGACUUCUAUGAGUGCUGUAUUAGCUGAGUUAAUGGGGUCUGGCAAGGCAUCGGACAAAUUGAUGAUGAUUUAUGCACCCUUCAUGGGUUUUGGAGUUCUAGCAAUUCUACGUGGGCUGAUGCCAGUCUCUGCUAAGAGUAUUUCCUCCAUGGGCAAGAGACCUUUACUGCCCAGGAAGAAGAGAGUUUGAGACACAAAUUUUCUGAAUUUUUAUUUUUUGGUGAUAUUAGAUCGUUUUACGUAUUUCUCUUUUAUUGACUGACUGAUUAUGAGGGGAUUUUUUUUUUCUUAAGCUUAAUCUAUUGAAGAAGCUUUUCUAUGAA